AGAGCUGUUAGCUAUCCUCUUUUUAAUAAAGGAAAAAUUGAAAGUUGUAUGAGAGGAGAGAAAUAUAUAGACCAUAGAGCAGAUGCAAUGAACAGGCAGAAUCACUGUCAUAUGACUGCAUCUCCAUAUCCAUCCUACUAGUCGUAUUGAUUCCUCAUCUCCUACUAGUCUUUCCUCAUCUCCAAGCAUGAACACCCAAUAUUAGCAGUAUUGAUAGUGAGCUUGACAUUACUGUCUCCUAAGUUUUACACACUUGUAUUAUACUGAAAGAUGCUUCCCCUUUAAAUAACUACCGGUCUCAUUUAGAGCAGUGAUCCAAACAGUAAACUGAAGAAAAACCCAUCUUGCUAAAUGUGAAUUCUGAAUUUUGUGUUGAAAAUGAAUCAACAUUUCUAAGACACCUUCUGAAUGUAGCUAUGGUGCUGAAAAGAAAUUGUAAUUAAUAGUGAGUGUACACAUGGCCAAGAUUAUUCAUUUCACUUUGAAACUGAUGUACUCUGAGUACAUUUUAAUAUGAAAGGUAGGAAAUCAAACACUGAUCCUAGUUUUCCAUAUUGCUGCUGUCUUUAAUUGCUUGCUUUCUCCCCAAACGAUAAAUGCUGGAAAGAGGUUUCAAAGCAUGAGUUAAUUCCAGUCACCCUACAAAGGUUUUGGGUGGACCUUGUUCCAACACAAUGUUUCCUGAUGUUGCCAUGUCAUAGCAACAGUUGCAGUGUAGAGGGAAACACCUCUGUAUCCCUGAAUCAUGCCACACUUUCAGAAGCAGUUGAUUCUUGUGAUACUGAUGGACAGUAGAUUGGAGGAGAAAGGAGAACAUAUUUUAUAAAUAUUUUUAUAAAAACUUAUGAAUGGUGAGAGUUGUUUUAUGCUGGGGAGCUCUCUGAACACUAAGCAAAGAGGAUGGAACAUCAUUUGAUCCCUCCCAGAGAAGUGCAUGGAGAACCUGGCUCAUCAUCUGCCUAUGCUGGACUUCCUUCCCAAGAGUCCCCCAGUAGUUUGAACUUUUAAAGCACUGUGCCCAAAAUGUUUGGACAUGGAUGUAUAAAGUCUAGCCAUAUAAAUAAUUGCCAUUCUCCAGAGCUUACUGAGUGCUUGCAGGUUCCCAGGAGGCUACUUGAGAAGUUCUGUGGGAGCUGCAAAUGCCUGGGAGCUCUGAGAAGUGUGCAUCUUUUAUUUAGCCGUCUAGCUUCAGGCACUGAAGUCUGAACACUUUGGGCCCACAGGGGUCUGGCAUUGUACAGGUUUUUUUGACAUCUCAAGAGACAACCAGUUCUUUCUGGAUCUGGAAUUUUUUGGCCAAAAGGAAAAUAUUUAAAAAAAAUAAGUCUUGGGAAAAAUACAGGAAAAAAAAAAAAAGGAUGCGAUACAGUUUCCCUGAAGAGGAAAAAGUACUAGAUAUACUGAAAUACAUGUAUGUUUAAAAACAAUCCUGUGGAGUUAUCUGAUGUUUAUGGUAUAAACUAAAAAUUGUUUUCUUUGUAAUGUUAAAAUAAUUUUAUUAAUAAUUUGUAGCAGACAGUACUCACAAGUCUUUGGCAUCCGAACUGGAUUGUGUACUGGAUGGAUCCCACAACUGGACCUGUGCACCAAGCUCCUUUCUAGAUUUUUUUAUUAGGUGUGAUGGAAACUUUCUGUGCAUGCAAAAAGCAACUUGAGUAGGGAGAGGAGAGAGAACCCCAUUCACAACACAGUUGAUGCAUUGUUUACAAUUUAUGCCAUUGCUUUGCAGCCUCUCCUAAGUGCGAGCUGCUGCAAUGUGGACAAAAUAGCCCAUUAAAUGACUCUUAGCUUUUCUAGUUUAAGGAGUUUCCAUUUCCCUUUGGCCUGUGCUUGCCAUGUAAGCAGCUUCUAUGCUAAGAGGGGCUUUCCUUGAAGGCCAGCUUACCAGCUGCAGUAUAGCUUGAUUUUUUUUUUUUUCUUCUGUUUGUGGUAACUGGUAAUAGUAAUGUUAUGAGCUAGUUCCUAGUUGUAUUCAGCUCUGGGGAAGAGGAGAGAGGUGGCAUGCAAGAGAACAGAGUUACAGGAGAAAACAUGCAUGCCAGCACUCAUCCCCUCGCUGUAAAAGUCACCUGUUUCCAGUUGUGGGAUUUCUCUACAAAAGCUUGUUUUCUCUUUCUAUGUAAACUUAGUUUUCUUUGAUCUUUUUUGGGCUCAUACCAGUCUCCCCGAGACAUUCUGCAGUCAUUAUCACCUUUUUGGGUGGAGUUUAUUUUAUUUUUUUGGUUUGUUUGUUUGUUUUUAAAUAACUUUUUAACAUUGGUGCAUAUAUGCUUGGGAUAGAGCUCAUGUAAUUUUCCAAUCGUAUUGAUUGUAUGUGAUUGUGCCCUGCAGAGGUAUAUUUAACAAAAACAAUAAAAAAUAAAAUAAAAAAGGAUAGUCUAGGAUAAUAAAGGAGACCAUGAGAUUUGAGUCAGGUUAUGAAUGACUUCUUGAGUUUACUUAGGAAUUUGUAUAAAUAAGGAUCCCCAUCUGCUGUUCUUAUAAAACAGUACUGAACAAACUUUUUGUUUUUUAUUUCCCUCCUCUGUCUUUUGAAGUGAUCCCUUUUGACUUUUUUUUCUCCUUUCCUUCCAUUUUCUUCCCAUCAUAAAAAGGGACAGCUAACUCUAUUUACUGAAUAUUGUGAAUAUUUAUUGUUCUUAUCUCCCCAAACACAAGAAGAGUAGAGAUUUAAAUAAAAGGUGUGAGUGGAAUUCCAUAAAUUGUGAAUUCUUUGUGAGCACAGUAGAACAUUGAAAUCUCAUGCAUGAAGGCUGGCAGUGGAGGAGAUCUUCAAAGGCGUGUAUGGCAGUUUUUGUAUCUUUUGGAAAGUCCUUUUGAGAUGACCGAAGGGGGAAACAACAGAGCCUGCUUUAUCCUGCUCCAAUGGCAUUUUGAUCCUCCAGUAUUUGUGUUUAAACCUUAAGUAAAAACCGUUUUUUACACAUUAUGCUGAGGAGGGAGGGGAUUGGCAGAUGGAAAGGCAAGAAGGAGCUCUGGUCUUGAAAGUCAUUGUUCCUUGUGAUUUCUUUUUUUAAGUAUAAGCCCAACACUAUCAUUUUGUGUUUUAAAAAAAUUGUGCAUGAUUAUAUAGAAAAUGCCAUAUGUGGAAAAACACCAUAUGUUGAAAUGCUGUUUCCUCCCUUCCCUCUAACUUGCCUUCCUCCCUUUGGAAACUGACUCAGCCUCAUGUUACUCCUGCAUAGUGUUUAAGGCUCCUAUGAGUUGCAGAUAAAAAAGGAUUUAUUUUAAUUAGUAGAAAGGAGGUGAUUCACCUUUCAGUCUGUAAAUAGAUGGAAGUGUCUACAAGGUCUUAUCUGCUUUUCUGUCAGCAUUUAUAUUAAAUGAUAAAUUAAUGGCUUACACAUUUGAAAUAUCUCUCAUUUUCUCUCUGGAUUGCAGUGUGCAUCGUGAGUCUCUUGAGUACAGAUUUUUCUCCAGAGCAAUAUAUAAUCUUUCCUGACCACAGUGGAAAAUUAAAUGCCCGACAAAAGCACAGAAGCCUGUGUCCCCUUUUUAAAGUCCCCUUUCCUCCCCUAAUCCUCCUUUCCUUCUCUAGUUGCUAAGACCUGGAAGCAUGCUCAGUGCUAAUUUAGUAUGAAUCCUUUCUUUUUCAGUGAAGUGGUUUCCUUGGGCAAGAGGCAUGUAUAUCCACCAGACAUGAACAAUAAAGUGAUCUUUAAGUGGAUCCUUUUAUUACUUGUUCCAGAAGCCUGCACUUUUAAAAGGCCUGGGACAAACAUACCACUUCAAGAAGCGCUGGAACAUUUUACCUGUUACAUUAUGCUUUUUUAGAGUGAGGGGAGUUCUGGCCCCAAGCCUGUUGUGCAUGUUUUGAUAUCCUCUUUCUCUCCUCGCCCUUGUCCUCUUGUCCACUGUUGACAUUAGAUAGCCUCAGUUGAGUGCAAACUUCAGCCCUUUUGAAGUAUGAGGAACAUCAGUUGUGGAACAGGUAGCAGCUCCUUCACCAAAAGUUCUGCUUUGCCCACUCCUUCCCAUUCAGGAAAAGCCAAGUGUGGCACUCUCAGUGUAUGUUUGCCCCAAGAUGACCAUCUUCCUGUCUAAUGUAUAAGCUUCUUAACUAUGGGGCCAGUCAGUAUGGCUGCAUUUAAGUUCUCUCACCAUCCUGUUUGUUCAUAGCCUUAAUAACACUUGAGCUGUGUAAGCUCUUGUAGGAUGAAUAAUGUUUACAGUGCAGCGCACAGUGUGGUCCUGUUUUCCCAAAUAGUCUGUGAGCCCCAGAGUACUGCAAACACUGCAGUGGUCUGAAGAGUGUGUGCAUUUGCAUGUGCACUGUUUUCAUAUACUCCAAAUCAGAUGGUGAGUUUAUUUGGUCGCUUAGGAAGGCAGUGAUGGCUGUUCUGAAAGAUUGGCAGCUUUCAUGUUUAAAAUGCUUUUGACACUUGACUUAGUGGCAGUGAACAUUUAUUUCCCCCAUUUUAUGGGUGUAGAAAUUAAGGCAGAAGAUUUGAUAGGGGCAAGAGUCUUAUCAAAAUAAGACCUAUGUCAUAGCAAACUAAACUUAGGAAUCCAAGUCCUCUGCUGUAGGAACUGGGUCUGCCUACAAUUCCCUGCAGAUAUCCAGCAAAAUACACCUAAGGCAUGAAACGCCAUUGAGCAUGGCCACCAUUUCUACAGCCUCCUCAGACAACCUUAGAUGCCUUUUUCUUCCUUCUCUCCAAAAGGAAUGACUGAAAGCCUUACAGGUACAUUCAGAUACUUUCUCCCAAAUUCUCGAAUGAACUGCAAGCCACCCAGACUAAAUUGAUCAUGGCUCCAUUGAAAGUUAACACAGUUUUCAGAUGUGGGGGUGAGGGGAGAACUACAGAUACUACACUGCCUUAAAGACUACAUUUUCCCCUCUUUGAUAUCACCAGGGCCAUGUGUACAGGGAACAGAAGGGUGGCCCUAUGCAAAGCCUUGUGCCACUGACUAGACUAGGCAAUCCUAAGUGAAUGGUAUAUGGACUUCCCAACUAACAAGAAUGGUACUGGGAGAGACUUGCAACAUCCCUCCCUUGGACUGAGCAUAGAAGAGACCUUAGUGGCAAAUACUAUGGCUGAUACCUCUUGCUCUAAGCUACUAAAGUACUAAGGACUGCAAAGAUUGAAAAUUUUUAGAUGACUAGUGCAACAAAGGACCAUUACCAACUUGAGGCUACAUAUUCCAUCAUGACAAAAAUGUCUACUUGAUCCACUGACCCAAACAGAACAACUAGUAAUGUUAUUGAUGCAUUUUUCAUAUUGGAUGCUAAAUCAGUGUGUCAUCCAGGGAUGCGAGUUUUGUGUUGAUUCCCUGCCUCCAUUUGCUAUUAAAAAAAAAAAAAAAAAAAAGGGGGCUAGGCACCUGCCAGUUAAAAAUAAAAAAAAUCAGUUUUUGGGUAGAGCAGGGCCUGUAUCUCAUGGUCCCCUUGACUUAGAAGUUGCCCAUGUAUGUGUUACAUGUGGUAGACUAAAUGACUCCAAGUCUGUCUGGCCUGUGCACUGGAAUUUUGGAGUCCUACAAAAAUUCAGCAGCUUUGUUACAGUACUAGCACUGGAUUUUGUAUCUACCACCAAUGAUCUGACACCCACUGGAAGGAAUCUCAACAUUUUUGUGUAUUCCAAUAUGUAUUAAGUCCAUCUUUUUUCCCUUUGCUGUAGGAGGGUUGGUUGGAAAUUCCUCAGUCAUACCAACCUCAUUUCCUUGUCCAGUGGGAAUCUUCAUGUCCAGUGAAUUCCCACUUGAAAUGUGUGGAGAGGAGCCAAGAUGCAUUAUUUUUUUUUUAUUUUUUUGUUUUGGCUACACUAGAAAUGUUUUAAUUUGCUGCAGUCCUGAUUAAAAGGUUUGCAAUGGUCAAUGGAGACCACUAAUGUCAAGGGUUCUUAGUCCGACCAGUCUUCUCUAAACCUUUAAGACCUGAUGCUCAGCCUCUUGGAAAACUAAUCUGGUAGCCCUUUGGAGCCCACUUUCUAGGUUACCUCCGCUAAAGUAAUCCAGCAAAUAGCAUAGCGCACCGCCUCUCCCGGGGGAGAGUUUUAAAUCAGUGCAUGUAAAAGGGUGAUCUGUGAGUUGCUCGCUUGCUUGACAGCAUUAUUCUGGUUUGUCUGGUUUUUUGCCAAGAUCUCCCUUUUGGCAGGAAUAAACACAACUGUGCUUCCUGAGACUGUGGUCUCUUGCAAAACUGGGUGUGUUUCUGGUAGUAUCUGGGGAAAUAGCUUUUGUGGCUUUUUUGCUGGCCUUUGAUGUGAAGACACUGCUGAUUACAGCACUGAUACUGCAUGGCAAAAAUUGGGGCUGUUAAAUGAUUUACUUCGGGGCGGUAUUGGGGGUAGUGACUUCUCAUCAGUCAUUACCUUCAAUGGUUACUGUUUUGUCAGUGACUUUUCCCAGUGUGUAUCUACACACCCCUUAACUAAUGCAUGGCUUAACAGCCACUAUUUUUCAGCUAUGUGCUCUACAGAAAGUGACUGGGCCCAGUACAGAACCCAGUAGCACGGCAUCUCAUCAUCAGCAAGAGGGAUUUUUUUUCUGGCGCUGACACUUAUGUGCAACCCCAACCAAACGGCUCUUUUUUAUUUUUCAUGAAGUGGUGAUUAUGAUGUUAAAAUUACAGAGGAAUUGCAUCUGCAGUCAUUAAGUUACGUUUUUCAACACCCAGCUUUCAUCAGUGCUGUUUGUGUGUAGCGGGGGUAUCAUUAUCUUCAGCUUAUUAGGUGCAAACUUGGGGAUAGGAGCCUGUGAAGGCAAAGCAUAGCAAUCUUGCCUCUGGUUGUUUUGGGAGGAGUAGGGGAGAGAGUUACUAUCCUGAGCUACAGAAGACCAAAAUGUCUGGAGAAAGGUGUUUUCUAAAUCUGUAUUUGAAUUAUUGAACAUUUCUCCCAUUGUUUUAUCAGCAUAGGCUGGGGGCGGGGGGGCAGCAGGCCUGCAGUUUGCCUAGAGAAGUUGAUCAAACUUUCUCUCAUCAGAUUGAACUUCAAAACUUCUCUUAAAUUAAACAUUGCUCAACCUUCCCUAGCUGGUCAUCCACCUUUGACCCCUGACAUCCCACUCCACCUCCUGCCCUCCUACAUUCCUUUUGAGCUCUGGCUAAGUGUACAAACUCAGUGUGGAAGCUAGUACUGACUGGUUUGGACUCCCUUUUAUUUUCCCUGAGCUAAAGAAAUCCUGUUUACUAUCUUGUAUCACGUCCUCAAGGGAAAGCAUUGGAGACACCAGAGGCAGGAGGAUGCAUCUCUUUGUGGUGUUGAUCAUCAGUAUGUGGGGAGCAGUUGCUCCCCAGCAACAUCGGGUGGAAGACAUCUGUACCGCAAAGCCAAAGGACGUUCCUGUGAAUCCUAUUUGCAUUUACCGUAACCCUGAGAAGAAACCACAGGAGGGCGAGGGGCCAGAGGCAGAUCAAGCCAAGGAUAAGAUCCCAGAAUUUACUAACCGUCGGGUCUGGGAGUUGUCAAAGGCCAACUCCCGCUUUGCCGUUAUUUUCUACAAGUACAUGGCAGACUCCAAGAGUGACCAGGGAAACAUCUUCAUGUCGCCCCUCAGUAUCUCCACAGCCUUUGCCAUGACCAAGCUCGGUGCCUGUGGUGAUACUCUCCAGCAGCUUAUGGAGGUUUUUCAGUUUGACACCAUUACAGAGAAGACAUCUGACCAGAUCCACUUCUUCUUCGCUAAGCUGAACUGCCGACUAUAUAAGAAAGCCGACAAAUCCUCCGAGCUGAUAUCUGCCAACCGCCUCUUUGGGGAAAAAUCCUUGGUCUUCAAUGAGACCUACCAAAACAUCAGUGAGGUGGUUUAUGGAGCCAAACUUUGGCCCUUGAAUUUCAAAGAAGAACCAGAGCAAUCCAGGACUGUCAUUAAUGACUGGGUCACUAAUAAAACAGAAAAGCGCAUUACAGAAGUGAUCCCACAAGGAGUCAUUGAUGAAAACACUGUCCUAGUUCUGGUCAAUACAAUUUACUUUAAGGGACACUGGAAAUCAGAGUUUCCUGUUCACAACACAAAACUGGAAACGUUCUAUAAAGUGGGCGGUGAGACUUGCCAGGUCCCCAUGAUGUACCAAGAAGCCAAAUUCCAUUAUGCUGUAGUCCAAAACAAUCGAGUGCACAUCUUGGAGCUGCCUUACAAAGGCGACAACAUCACCAUGGUGCUCAUCCUGCCUGACAGGGACAGGCUGCUGUUGGAUGUGGAGCGGGAACUGACUUCAGAGAAGCUGCAGGAAUGGCUGAGUUCAAUGAAAGAGAUCUUGCUUUCUGUCUACCUCCCCCGCUUCCGCAUUGAAGACAGCUUCAGCCUGAAGGAGAAUCUGCAGAAGAUGGGGCUGCUUGAUCUUUUCAAACCAAAAGCAGCCAAGCUGCCAGGUAUAGUUGCGGACAACCGUACAGACCUGUAUGUGUCGGAUGCUUUCCACAAGGCCUUUCUAGAGGUGAGCUGAACACCUCUGACUUCAGCUGUCUUCAAAGUGGAUGUGCCAGUGCUGUGAAGUAUGAGCUUAAGGACACUUCCUGGAUUUCCAGUGGCUGUUGCUGCUCUAAUGUGAACACUCCUGUACAGUCCCCUGAAAUGCAACGGUGUCGUUUCUUACUGAUGUGAUCCUCUGUAGGUUCCACCACCAAUAUUCCUACACAUCUCAUGGCAAGAGGGCCAGAGAGAAAUUACACUCUCUCUCUCCUUUGUGGCACAAAUGUACAAGUUGCUGCGCAAGCUCAGCCCCACUACAGAGACCAAUAUCCACUACCCUGAACGUGUCCAUAGAGUUUGCAUUUUCACAGAUGAAAAGCUCCCAUGUUAGACCAACAGAUGCAUAUGGACAUGCAGACAGGCAAAGACUCAGGCAAACACACAGGGGCACAUUAAAUGGGUAACUACAGAAGCCUGUUUGAACAAACACAUAUUUACUCGUACAGCUUAAGGGCCUUUAAACUGGCUUAGAUUCUCUAACUGGCAGCCCCAGACCCCAACCAGAGGGCUAAUAAAGAUUGUCAAACUUCAGGUAUACCCCCAUCCAACCGCCUUGAGAGAUUUCUAAAAUAGCAGUGGGUAAGUUACCUAUUUAUAAAAUAGAAACUGAAACAUUGGGAAAAAAACACCUAUAGAAACAAGCUGGCAUUUCUGGAUCUCUCCUGAAUGAUCGCUGACUUGCCAGAAGUGGAUUUUGCUCCUCAUUUGCAACAAUCACAACAAAAGAAGAAAUAAAAUGUCUCUUUUUCUUUUAGGUUGCAUAUGUGAAC